AUGGAUAAGGAUCUAUUCAUUUAGAAGUAUGGGGAAAACAGUUCAAUAAAAUAAGCAUUUCUCAGAAAAGCCUAUCAGAAUUAUUUCUUGAUGAGAUCAAGCACAAACAGGGAUAAAAAAAAAAGGAGUAACAAAAGUGUCGAUUUAUCUCAAUAUUCAUCAACAAAAAUCAAAACAAAUUAAAGUAAAUGUUCAUUUGUUGAAUCAUCGAGCAAUAAGGACAAUAUGUAUUUACAUACUUAUCUAAUUUUAGAUCUUAAAUGACAGAGUUUCAUUAUAACAAAUUAAAGAGCAAAUGGUUAAUGGAUGACAAAUAGAACGAAGUCUUAAUAUCGAUAAUGCAAAAGAAGAGGAAAUAAUUGGAGUUGGAAGAGAAAUAAAGAGAACUGGAAAUCACUAAAAUUUAAUAAGCUAUUUAAUUAAGAGAGAAUUUGGAAACCGAUAGAAAACGACAAUUUUAUAAAGAAUCUGAAUUGUUUAGAAAUCAACAGAGUGAAAGAAAACAUUUAGAAUAAGAGAAACUUAAAUCUAAAGAGCAAGAAUAUUUAUUGUUAGCAAAAAGAAUGGCAAAAAAUGAAGAACUUGCUAAAUUAGAAGAACAAAUCGUUCAUAGAUAGAAAUGCAAAUUAUAAUUUUAAAUGUUAGAACAACAAAGAAAAACCAAUUCAUUUUUACUCUCUUGA